AUGGAUGAACAGAGUUUCCAGUACCACAGUCACUCAGCUCACAAGAUAAAAGCAUACGCAGGGGUCGAGCAGCAGCGGCCCGUAGGAAGUGACUUUGAUCUCGUUCUUAAUCCUCUUUACCUUGAAUGGUUUCAUCCCACAUUGUAUUCAGAUUCCCUAGCCUCCAAUUAUCAGGCUUUGUUCUAUCCGGCCACGUCUUCCGGCCCCAUGUCACACUAUAGACCCGACCACCUGGUUGAUGCCAACAGAUCGCAAAUGUUCACACCAUCCCCAGCAGAGAACAUGAUGGCACCAACGGUGCAGACGACGCCCAGUUGGGAGAUUUGGAACACCAGCGAAGCAGAGUCGUCGAGCCCGGCUGACGAGAAGUGCGAAGAGGACGAGGUCUGGGAGCCUAAGGACCUGCGGCGGAUGGGGUACCUCGACGCAGGCGGCAACUGGCGCUGUCGGUUCGAGGGCUGCCGCUCGCCGCGGGUCUUCGUGCGCGCUUGCGACCUGAGAAAGCACUUCCGCGGCCACGAAAAGUACUUCUUCUGCGCCGAGACGCCGUGCGCGGGCGCCGGUGUGGGCUUCGCGACCCGCAAGGACUACGAGCGUCACAUGGGCUCCCACCGGCCGACCAUUGAGUGCCCUCAUCCGGACUGCGGGCGGAUCUUCAGUCGGAAAGACAACAUGAGAGAUCAUUUCAAAAAGAUUCACCUGCGGCUCAGUAACAACUUGUUUCCCAAGCCGUGCCGUAGGCCACGCCGUGGUCAGGCCGCUAAAGUCGCCGAUUCCAAAGGUUGA